GCAUGCUCAGUUCUUCGACGAUACUAACGUUCGCUUUGCCAUGGGCUAUGAACCGCAAGACGACGACGUCAUCAUUGCCACUUAUCCGAAGUGCGGUACCACGUGGACACAGUACAUUGUCUCCAACAUCUUCACGCGCGGUAACCCUCCCAAAACGACAGUCGACUUCAUGCUUUCCUCGCCCAUCAUAGUACUCACGGGUGUCGAUGCCGUGCGCAAGAUGCCGCGCCCUGGGGCCCUGAUGACGCAUCUGCCGUGCGACAAGUGCAAGUACUCAUCGAGGGCCAAGUACAUCUACGUUACGAGAAAUCCGUACGACUGCUGCGUGUCCUACUACCACUUUAUGAAAUACUACACACCAUGUAAUUGCGAAGAUGUGUCAUUCGAUAAGUUCUUCGACCUCUUCGUCUCCGGAAAGUUACUCUACGGAGACUAUUUCGACCACCUUUUCUCCUGGUACCCACAUCGGCACGAUCCGAACGUACUCUUUCUAACUUACGAGAAACUCCAGGAGGACACGACUUACUGGGUACUGCGGAUCGCCGACUUUUUGGGAGAAGAGUACGGCAGCGCUCUCAGGAAAGACGAGGCGUUGUUGAAGAAAGUCCUCGACUCGUGUACCGUGCAGAACAUGAAAACGGUGAUGGCAGAUCCGACGAAAGUGUGGAUACGCAAAGCUCUGGAAUUGCCACCAGAGAGGCGUAUAGCGUCCCUCGAACCGUACAGGCACAAUCCGGCUCAUAAAGAAGAAACGAUGCGUGGAGGUGGUCUUGUCCGUAAGGGCGUCGUGGGAGAUUGGAAGAACCAUUUUUCCCGGAACAAUCGAACGCAUGAAACGUUGGAUAGCAGAGAAGACAGCCAUGACCCCGAUGUCAGGAAUCUUUGGGAGGGGCUGAACCUUCCUUUGUGA